AUGACGUGGCAGUCAUACGUGGUGCCACUCGUCGGAAGUGCACUUCUCUCUGCAUUAACUUUCUUCUUGGGUAAAUGGGACUACUCAUUUGUAUGGGUUCUGAUCAUUGUUCUCGCGAGUGUCACAAAGAGUUAUUUAUGGAGAAAACGGGAAAGAAGAUUAAUAUCACUCCGAGCAACAGCACUUCGUGAACGAGAAGUGAUAAUGGCUCAACUACAAGACCUGCCAGCUUGGGUUCAAUUUCCAGACACUGAAAGAGUUGAAUGGAUGAAUAAAGUGAUUCAUCAACUGUGGCCAUAUGUUGGAGAAUACACGAAAACAUUUAUGAAUGACUUCAUUAUUCCUCAAGUUAAGGCUCAAAUGCCUGGAAUGUUCAAAAACUUCAAGUUCACCAAAAUGGACAUGGGUGAUAUUCCGUGCCGUGUUGGAGGAAUCAAAGUCUACACGACGAAUGUGGGAAGAGAUCGGAUUAUUGUGGAUAUGGAUGUGGCGUAUGCUGGAGAUGCAGACUUUACAGUUUCUUGUUGUGGGUUCACAGGAGGAAUGAAUAAUAUUCAGUUCUCCGGAAAACUGCGUGCUAUCCUUAAACCACUCCUACCGUAUCCUCCAAUGGUGGGCGGAGUCUCUGCAACUUUCCUCGAAAUGCCGAAAAUGGAUUUCAAUUUGACUGGAAUGGGAGAGAUGGUUGAGUUGCCGGGACUCAUUGAUGCGAUUCGAAGUGUUAUCAAUAGUCAGAUCGCCGCUUUGUGUGUUUUGCCGAAUGAAGUUGUAGUUCCAUUGGCUCCAGAUGUAGAUGUCACAAAGUUAUAUUUCCCGGAACCAGAUGGCGUCGUUCGUCUGAAAGUGAUCGAAGCGAAAAAUCUGGAGAAUCGAGACAUCUCUUUCAUCAAAAAAGGAAAGUCCGAUCCAUACGCUGAAAUUCAAGUUGGAUCUCAAUUCUUCAAAACUCGGACGAUUGAUGAUGAUCUGAAUCCGAUAUGGAAUGAGUAUUUCGAGGCAGUUGUAGAUCAGGCAGACGGACAGAAACUGAGAAUUGAGUUGUUUGAUGAGGAUCAAGGGAAGGAUGAAGAGUUGGGAAGACUUUCAGUCGAUUUGAAACUUGUUCAAGCGAAAGGAACUAUUGACAAGUGGUAUCCAUUAGAAGGCUGUAAACACGGGGAUCUUCAUAUCAAAGCCACAUGGAUGUCUCUCUCGACAAAUCUGAAACAUUUGGAGAAACAGGAAUGGGAAGCCGAGUGGGGACAAGCAGAUAAACCAAUUCAUUCUGCUCUUCUCAUGGUUUAUAUCGAUUCAGUAGCAGAUCUACCGUACCCGAAAUCUAAACUUGAACCAUCUCCGUUUGUGGAAGUCAGUUUGGGAAAAGAGACACAGAGAACACCGGUUAAAGUGAAGACAGUCAACCCAUUGUUCCAGUCGAAAUUCAUGUUUUUCGUGAGACAUUUGGAAGGACAAGAGCUGAAAUUUGAGGCCGUCGAUGAUGGAACUCGCCGUUCUCUUGGCUCCCUUAACAUUCCAUUGACAACUCUUUUGAAAGAACCAAAACUGGAACAGAAUCAACAAAUGCAUAUGCUUACUUUGGGUGUCCAUCAGAGUCCAAUUGUAAUCACAACUAGGAUUCGGAUUCUCCAAAAAUCUGAUGGAGAUACGGACAAGAUGCGAGAGUUGCAACGAGAGAAGGAGGAGGCAAAGCUGAAAAACAAUGCUUUGAUUCAAGGAAAACCAAAGAAAAACGAUCAAUUGGGACACGAUGUUUUAGGAGAAUAUGGAAAUGCAUUCCACAUCGAACGAGCCAGUGGAAAGAAUGGAACAGCGAAUGGGGAUGCAGUGGCAGUUGAACCAGCGAAGACAGUGAAUUUGGAUGAAGAUGAUGUGGAGAUCAAAUUGAAUGUGGAUAAUUAUCAGAUUCUUCGUUCCGAUUCGAACAGCUCACUCAACAGUCACGGUAGAUCAAAUAGCCGUUUGGGACGACUUUUCCGAUCGAAGCAUGAAAUGAAAAAACGAGAGACAAGAGCCGACGAGAAUCGAGGAGAAAUUGAGAUUCGAAUCGACUUUGAUGAACUCGUGAAUCAAUUGAAAAUUGCUGUGAUUCGGUGUCGAGACUUGAUGACUUUUGACAAAAAAGACCAGUGUAAUCCAUAUGUUUCUAUAAAACUGGUGGCUUUGGACGGGCACAAGGAGGUUUUCAAAAAGAAAACACCGACUGCCAAAAACACGCGGAAUCCGCAUUUCGAUAAUCAUGUCGAAAUCGAUGUGAAUCCAUCAGAUCUUCUGAAUCAUAAAGUGGUGAUUAAUGUGAAAGAUGACACGAAUUACGGUACUUUUGUGGCGAAACCAGUGCUGGGAUGUCUUGAAAUCCGUCUUGACAGUCUUCUGAAUCGUCAACUCAGUCAACGAUGGAUCCCAUUAUCUGUGGAAAGAAAAUAA